CUUUUCUUUUACUGGUCCUCUCUCAUUCAACAGACAGCACAGCAGGAGAACAGGCUCAGAUGCACACAGGAAAAUGGAGGAGCGCAACCUCUCAGUGGUUCUGCUACAGGAAUAUGAUUUCGAGAAGCAAUUUGAUGACCAAGAAGCCAUCCAAUGGAUGCAAGAGAACUGGAGCAAGUCCUUCUUUUUCUCUGUUCUAUAUGCUACAAUAAUAUUUUGGGCCCAGCGAGUUAUGAAAGAAAGGAAAAAAUUUGAACUGCGAAGACCUCUAGUCCUGUGGUCAUUGGCCCUUGCUGUCUUCAGUAUCAUCGGAGCAGUCCGCACUGGCUAUUACAUGAGUAGCUUGCUUCUGUCUAGUGGCUUCAAGCAAUCAAUAUGUGACCGCGGAUUUUAUAACGGGCCUGUUAGCAAGUUCUGGGCAUAUGCCUUUGUCUUGAGCAAGGUCCCAGAGCUUGGAGACACGUUGUUCAUUGUUCUUCGCAAACAAAAGCUGAUCUUCCUACACUGGUAUCAUCACAUUACUGUACUGCUCUACACCUGGUACACAUAUAAGGACACCGUGGCUGGAGGAGGAUGGUUCAUGACAAUGAAUUAUACUGUUCAUGCUUUCAUGUACUCUUAUUACACACUGAGAGCAGCAGGGAUCCACGUGCCACGAUUAUGUGCCAUGUUCAUCACAAUGACCCAGAUCCUGCAAAUGGUAAUGGGCACCUUUGUCAAUGUCUUGGUGUAUCGGUGGAUGCAGGACGGGACAUGUUCAAGCACACCGGAGAACAUAUUCUGGUCGACUGUGAUGUACUCAAGCUAUCUGGUGCUUUUCUGCAGCUUCUUUUAUAACGCUUAUAUGAAAACUUCAGCCAAGAGUAAGGCAGAAUAACCUGUAUUUAGGUAUAGACUGUGAACUUGCCAUCAUACAUUUCCAACUGUUACCAGGUACUAUAUUUUAUAAAUAUGCUUGAAAGAAUAUUUUUUUUUUUUUCUAAAAAUGUUGUAUAACCAAUAUUGGAAUUAGAUUUGAAAUGCUACAAACAUCUGAAAAUUAAAUGUGUUCUGAUUUUGCCAUAAUCCGAACCUACAACUACAUUUUGACAAUUCCCCCGUAAAAUGUCCUACAAAUGGGAUUUUCUGAAGCUCCAGACCCAAGGAUGAUUAUCAGGUAUACUAUUCACACACACAUAUAUGUUACCUGUGCAAUACUGCACAAUAUUGACGAUCCAGAUAUGUAAAGGACAUUUUUAAUGGGCCAUGUAUUCUAAGUUCCAAAUUAUAAGUACUAAUAAACCCUGCUUUAAUUAUU